UAGUGUGCAGUGAAAGAGCAUCGUGAAAAUGUGUGAAGUGGAAACCGGCGUUCAGAUUCUGCAGAGAAUUUCCUCUCGACUAACAUCCAAUGUGAAAUGUCUUGAUUCCAAUCUGUUCCCAGACGGUGGCCCAGCGAAGGGGGAAAUGGUGGAAAUAGUCGGCGAAAGCAACUGUGGAAAAUCAAUCCUUGUUCUGGAGCUGAUCGCCAAAAUAAUACUUCCGACAGACUGUGGUGGACAUGCACUUGGUGCCGUGUUUGUAAACUGCGAUAACAACAUCAACAUGAUUCGGCUGCUGAACGUGAUGGAGAAGCAGAUUGUAAAUUGUUCGAGCCCAGCCAAUCGAAGCGUUGAACGGCAAGAGAUUCACAACAUCCGAGAAGAGUCCUUAGCCAGACUAUCCAUAAUAAAAUGCUGCACGUUGGAUGAAUUUGAAUUUUCAAUGCUUACUUUGAGCGAUAUAUUCAUCAAAAACCCGCUCAAUGUGUAUCUGCUGAUCGAUUCCAUUGUAGCGUUCUAUUGGAACAAAUGCACCGAGAAAAACCUCAUUCGGAUGGACACAUACGUUAAAUCGUUGCACAAUAGACUGAAAAAGCUCAGCCAAGAGCGGAAGGUGAUAAUCAUUUUUACUAGACCAUCAUACUUUGGAUCUGGACGCGAGUCGAUACAAGGAGAAUUUGCUGGACCGAAUGAGGGGCCCCCCGUUACGCAAACGUCAUCCGCGACAGGAGGAACGAGCCUAAUGACUACUUCAACUGCAGGCAGCAGCUUGAGCUUACCGAUCGAGCAUCGAAUUGAAUUGGGUGAAGUCACCACUCAAACACCAAGUGAUGACCGGAAGUUUAACGCAUUUGUCUAUUCGAAAGGUACACAGCUGAUUAAGUUUUAUAUCAUUGAUAGAUAUGGAAUAAACUGGCUCAAUUGA